UCCGAAAGACGAUUGGCGACGUGGCUGUGUGAUGAAAGAUCAGGGGACGCGAUAAUGGUGGUCAAAUCCCGUCAUUUUCAACUCUCAUCGCUUUGUAGAGAGAUGUAGAAAUAUCUGGGGACAGUGAAUUUUAUAUGAAGCUAUAUAUCCGUAGCUAUACAGUAGUAUCGACAUCGACGUGUGUGUGUGUUGAACGCCCUCUGUGAUACUCCGCAAGCGACUUGCCGUAACAGGCGACAUUCUCAUGGAAUUAUAGAAUCAAUGGGCAGAAUCUUAAGCUGAACAGAUGUGUGAGGCCGCUCUCAGCCGGAGGGGUGAUAUGGCCUGGCCUAUGUGGUGCAUACUCCUCAUUCUGGCCUGGUGCACGGCCCCUGUGUUAUCUAACUGUGAUUUCCCCUCCUACCUACCCCCGGGCGUAGUUUGGACAGCUACCUACAGAAAUAAGGGCUUUCUCACGCUCUACUUUAAAAGAAACAUGAUCGACGCCAUGUAUUGUCCAUCACCCGAUCAGCCGUGCAUCAAGUACGAGAGGAUUUGUAUCCAGGAAGUCGAGACGGGGAAAUACUUGGUCAAACAUCAGCCCAAGGGCCGAGAAAGCUUUAACGCCCAUCCUGAGUUCAUGUGUAUGCAGUUUGUAAGGAGGUCCGAUUAUAUUGUACAGUUUAAAUCAUCCGCAAAACUUAAUUAUCAGAAUCCAGACUUUUGUUCCGAGGAAAAUUUAAAUUUAGACCAUUGGCCUAUACUAUCGCCAACUAUGAUGAAGAGUGCGCCUAUCACGUGCCCCAUAGUGGGUGGAUAUAAUAUGCGGAUACUCGGACCGGAAGGUGACAUCUGUCCAGGAAAACUAGUACUUCCCCGCAUGGAAAGCGAGUGUGAGGACGGUGACGGCAUACGAUUCAACUUCCGGUAUGCCGAAUGUUUACAUCCUAAUUUAAAAAUGCGUAUACAACAGAACGUGAAAUGUGUGACGUCAUGGGAGUAUGGUAAAUACACGUUUGUGAUUCUGCGUCCGGAUACGGACGAAUUUGAGGCUUGGUGUCUCCGGAUCACGCGGGACAGCGUUGGUGAGGUGACACAGAUUCACCUGUUCAUGGAUCCCGUAUGUGAUCCCGGAACAGGAAAUGGCCACGGACAAAUCACGGAAACGGAUAACUAUUUGUCCAUUACACUUCAGAAAAUCACGAUCCCGUCUGUCUGUGCUAAUGAGUUCGAGGGCUGUAAUGACCGCCGUUUUUGUGAUAACGAGGUGGUCGAGUUUUGUCACUUGUCGUGUAGCCGAUGUGAACCGGAAACCAAACCGUGUACGUUCCAGGAGAGUAUCCGGGGAUCCUGGUUACUGGAUACCAGGGACGGGCCUCAAUUUAUGAAUAUAUCAUCGUACAAGCUUUUCGUACCUAAAUUUGGACGAUUCCAUUGUUUAGCCAGAAAUGUUUCGGAAAACGACAGUCGCACUGCCCUGCUACACGUCUUUGAUAACGGCUGCUUCCCGCGAUUCGCCUGUCUCGAAAUGUACCAGCCUGCCACUUCAGUACGGCAGUUCCGCCUCAGUAACAGAGUCAAUUGGCCUUACUGGCCGAUAGAUGAAGCGGAACGAUUCACCUGUAAAGACAACAAAUUCAAAACAUUCAUUGAAAUGGGAGAUUCGAAGGUAAAAGUGAGCAUUCCUACUCAAGUCUUGCUGGAAACCAAGGUACACUACAGUACAAGCUGUAAGCUGCCUGAUCUUGGCUUUAACGCUAACUCUCUGUUCUUCAAGGAGGGCGAUCGAUGCAACGGUUGCCUGAUAUAUGAUCCGGCGACCAGGCCAGACAAGAUUGACAUUCUAACUAUAAACUGUGAAGAAGCAGCCAGCCACAUCCAGUACUUGUGUCUGGCCACACUGGAACUCGGCCCCAACACUAGAGGUGUGGUGACAGGGACGAAACCAGAUCGCGAGGGCCGCAUGACCAAGUUUUAUUGUUGGGUAUUCACUUUAGACGGCUCAAAACGUAAGAUCAUUGUCCUCAAGGCAGCCGACUGCAACAUGCUGUCCGUGGAAAAGGUUCUAGAAGGUCUUUUGACGCCCGAAGGAAAAUUUGAUGUGGUGGACUCGGCGCCCGGAACUUGUCCGCCUCCAGAUGUGGAGGAACGCUACAUUCCUAAGAGCAGUCUGACAAACAAAGAGGAAGUACCGGUGACAUAUGACGAGCUGUCCACGCGCCGGCCGUAUUACAUCGACACUCCCCCACACCAAACUAACAUACAGAGUCAACAUGCUAACACCAACUCCGCCCCAUCCAGGGCACCUCACGCUAGCGGACUAUUUACAGUUCUCAUCAUCCUGUCGCUACUGACGGGGACAAAUCUCGCAUAGUCUCACGAGACUUCCGCAAGUGCUUUCAGAAGGCCGCAUGGCUCCGUGUCGCACCGACUACUUGUAAGAGAAAAAAUCUCACCCACAGUUAUUUAGUCGGGUGUAUGGAUACAACGCGCGAUGAUGACGUCAUGCUUUUCUUAAAAUCGUAAAUAGCGAGGAACGCUAAAGAAAUGUUUAAAAUAAGAAAGCCGCGGAGAAAAGCUGAACUUCCAUUGUAUAGCCUUGUAGUCAAAAAUAAAUAGAACAUAUAUUUUUUCUUGAACAUUUUGAUAAAAUUGUUAUGGAAGUUGUGUAGGUGGUUUUCAACUCCGCGGACGUGGUCUGUUCAAAGGGACAUUACUCUGAUUGCUGCUGAUUUUACAAACGGUCCAAUUUUCACCUUCAAAUGCUGUGCUGUUUAUAGAGACUGUGUUAUAUUCGUUGACAAUGGCUCAAAGAGUCGCAAUGUACAUUACUAGUCACUAUAUAAGAUAGAUACCAUAUUUAUUAUUCAUAUUUUCCAUUGGAUUAGGGCGGGGUCCCGUGUACAAGUCGGGAUUACCGAAUGUCGUGUUAUUAACUGUCAUCAGCGUGAGAGCAUGUUGCCAAAAACAAGUUGCUUAAGAAACGAACGAUGUAUUUGUGUUCAUUUUGCUAAAUUUUCUGAUUUGUUUAACUUUUUUCCCCACUUGUAAAUAUAAAGUAUAUAACCGUGUAACAACUCAUAUUAACAUCUGCUGUGUACUGUAUGUGGUAAGAAUGUAUUGUUGUAAAAAUCUAUUGUGUUCAGAAUGUAUUCAUUCCUAUGUUAACCCAUCAAAACAGAUUCAACUGCAAAUCCGGAUUUUCUGGUGACCGGUUUGUGUUUAUAGUCUGUUAAUUAUUGCACUCGGUUGAAGAUGCUACAGUUCCGACAUAUUAGCUAACACAAGGAUGCUUGACUUUGACUUUAAACAUAUUUAUUGCCAAUUUAAUUGUGACCAAGGAUUAGUCACACGUUGUUUUUUUUUCAACUUAUGGACGCCCUCUCCCAACAUACAAAAUCUUAAAUGAAAUCAUUGAGAUAGCAUCAUUGGCAUGAACAUAAAUCAGAUAUAUAUAUUAUUUUACAUAAACACAGCUGUUUGCAAGAAACACUACAAGAAAACAUAUCAAAAUCUAUUGCUGGAUUCGAUGUAGUUUUGCACAUGUCGAAAAACAAGAGAGUUUAGCUCUAUAGAAAGAUCUAAAUUUCCAAACAGAAAAAAAGUUUUAAAUCCAAAACCAAACUAUUUAUUCUUUUAAAUUCACACAAUUUGCAUUCAAAGAAUGCUUAAUAUUUCAUCCGUGGUAUAUACCUAUCUAAUUAACACAAACAAAUUAAAUCCACGGUAUAAAAACUAACUAAUUAACAACAACAUAUGACACCCACGGUAUACAAACUAUCUCAUUGACACCAACAAAUUAAGAAGAAACAAGAAAUAUCUUUAAAAAAAAUAAAUAGCAUAGUUUUAAUGCUAGUGGUUAUAAUGUCAAACUACCGGUAAAUUAAUUAACGAACUAAUGCGUUUUAGCACUGAUAACAAAAUUAUAUCAGUUUGAAUCAUUUUUUUGUGAUAAUAAGACUGCAUUUGAGUCAGGAAUAUAAUUU